UUGAACCCAGCAGUUCUGAACUCCUUCCCAGGUGCUCUCACACUGAUGUUUACCGGUGGGAAACUAGAAAAAAAAACUGGUUCUUGGGCCCUUGGAUUUGACUGAAGAGGCCAGGUUGCUUGGAAAGGGGGUUGGGGGUACUUUCAGUGGCUUUCUUUGAAAAAGGCCAGCAAGAUGUCAGAUCUCCUCUCAGUUUUCCUCCAUGUCCUCCUUCUCUUCAAGUUGGUUGCCCCAGUGACCUUUCGUCACCACCGCUAUGAUGACCUCGUGCGGACACUGUACAAGGUGCACAACGAAUGCCCCCAAGUCACGCGUGUCUACAGCAUCGGGCGCAGCGUGAAAGGGAGGCACCUCUACGUGCUGGAAAUCAGCGACUACCCUGGAACCCACGAGCCCUUGGAACCCGAAGUCAAGUACGUUGGGAACAUGCAUGGCGAUGAGGUGCUGGGGCGCGAGUUGCUGCUGCAGCUGUCAGAGUUCCUGUGCGAGGAGUUCCGGAACGGGAACCGGCGCGUCGCCCAGCUCAUCCACGACACGCGCAUCCACAUCUUGCCGUCCAUGAACCCCGACGGCUACGAGGCGGCGGCCGCCCAGGGCCCGGAUUAUUCUGGGUAUCUGGUUGGCAGGAACAAUGCAAAUGGUGUGGACCUGAACCGCAACUUCCCUGAUCUUAACACCUACGCCUACUACAAUGAGAAGUAUGGCGGCCCCAAUCACCACUUGCCCCUUCCAGACAACUGGAAAAGUCAGGUGGAACCAGAGACCCAGGCCGUGAUCCAGUGGCUGCGUUCCUUCAAUUUUGUCCUUUCUGCCAAUCUCCACGGAGGGGCGGUGGUGGCCAAUUACCCCUAUGACAAGACUUUUGAGAAUCGGGGCCACUACACAGUCAAAACUCCUACGCCUGAUGAUGAGCUUUUCCAGAAGCUGGCCAAGGUCUACUCCUAUGCACAUGGAUGGAUGCACCAAGGCUGGAACUGUGGUGAUUACUUCCCGGAUGGCAUCACCAAUGGUGCAUCCUGGUAUUCACUCAGCAAGGGGAUGCAAGACUUUAAUUAUCUCCAUACUAAUUGCUUUGAGAUCACGCUUGAAUUGAGUUGCAACAAGUUUCCCUGGCAAGAAGAACUGUAUCGUGAGUGGCUGGGUAAUCGGGAAGCCCUAAUCCAGUUCUUGGAACAGGCUCACCAUGGCAUCAGGGGAAUGGUGUUUGAUGAGAACCAUAAUCAUCUGGCAGGGGCCGUCAUUUCUGUCCGUGGGAUUAACCAUGAUGUCACUUCAGGAGAUGAUGGUGAUUUCUUCCGGCUGCUGCUUCCAGGUACCUAUACGGUCACUGCCACAGCACCCGGGUUCAACCCAGAGACAGUGAAUGUGACCGUGGGUCCCGCAGAACCAAAACUGGUUGAUUUCCAUCUCAAGAGAAGCAUCUCUCAAGCAGUCCCUAUCAGGAAAGUUCCCAACAAGAGGCCUGGAGGCAGAGCCUUAUCAAAGAAAGUACAGCCCCGUGCAGCUAGGAAAAAAGAAAGAGAGAUGAAGCAGCCCCAGAGAACCUCUGCCUGAAACCUGCCAUGCCCAAGGCAUCACUUCAGAAAGGCUUUAGUUCCUGCUCUCAGAUCAGAUGAAGCAUUCUUUCUAUUUUAUUGUCUGGGACAUAUUUAAAUAUAAACAUAUUCAGAGCAAUCCA